CUCCGCCAGAACAGUGUCUACACGUCAGCUGAUCCGAGACUCUUCCUUUCCCGGGAUCCAUACUGGGCACCUCUAGUAUGGAGAAGGAGGGUGAGGUAGGGGUGGUCCCUGGGCCAGAGGAGGGGGGGCCAGGCGAGGGGAUCCCUGCCCCGCGACCCACUAUCUACUAUGGCCGAAUCCUCCUCGGGGAGAUCACGCCCCUUCUGGCUGCCAUGAAGCGCUCGACCCCUAGGUGGUCCUCGCACCAGCAGGAUUUAGACCGAGACCCACUGAUCAUGAAGCUGAAGGACCUGCAAGCCUCCGUGACGUCCCUCGGCCCGGAGGACUCGAUAGACCCCAACACAUUUCUUGACCCCUUCCUGGCCAUCAUCCGCUCCGAGGACACCACCGGGCCCGUUACCAAGAGUGCUCUGGCUGCCAUUAACAGAAUGCUUAAUUAUGGCCUAAUCAGCAGUGAGAGUGGCAGUGCAGCAAGUGCUGUUGAGGCUGUGGCUGCAGCUGUAACACAUGCCAGGUUUGUUGGCACAGACCAAGGUGCUGAUGAAGUGGUGCUUUGGGAAAUCCUUAUGGUGUUGAGAACAUUAAUGCUUGGUCCUGUGGGCCAUCUAUUAACAAACGAGUCAGUGUGUGAAAUCCUAAACUCCUCAUUCAGGAUCUGUUUUGAGACACGUCUUAGUGAAUUACUGAGGAACUGCACAGAGGAGGCACUCCGACACAUGGUUCAGCUGCUAUUUGCACGCCUGCCACAGUUCAAAGAUGACCCUCGGGGCCAAGGGCAUGCUCGGAGGUUAAAGAUGAGGGCUGGGGGAGAAAGCAAAGGCAGGAGGAAGGGAAAGUCGCCCCGACCCACGCCCUCCUCCACUCCCCCUCCCUCUGAGCAGCCUGUGUCGCCCUCACUCAAGGAGACACAAAUCCAGGAGACACCAGAGGGAUGCACAGGUGAGCAAUCAUCAGCCAUCACGUCACCCACUGAAUCAGAGCUUGAGUCCAUAAGCAGUGCCCCAGUUGGAGAGAACCCCACAGGUGACACAGCAUCUGUUGACUCUGGCAUAAUGGAGACCAGCUUCCCUGCAGAUAACACUGUAGACAUAUCUCACACCCAUUUAGCCCCAGACAGCUGUGGCUCCAUGGAAAAUCUUGAACCUUCUAAAAGUGAACCAGAUGGCACAUGCACGUCAAAGACGUCAGACUCGGAGCAGGUGGAAGCAGUGUCAAGAGAUCGUUCAGAAACAAACACUUCCCAGUCAUCAGCAGAGGUGGUUAAUCAUGGUGACAUUGAAGUAGAAGCUACAGGAGUGACAGAGAAGCUGGAUGAAUUGCAGCAGUUGGAGAAGGAUGGCUUCAUCAAUUCCCAGGGAGUCAAGUUUACUCAGGAAGGAGUUAAUGUGGAAAGUGGUGCGCUAGUCCCUUAUGGAAUGCCAUGUGUGAAGGAGGUGCUGCGCUUCUUGAUCUCUCUCACCUCUCCAAACAAUGAGCAGAAUACUCCAGCAAUGAUCCUAACAGCUCUCAACCUACUCACGGUGGCUCUGGAGGUUGGUGCAGAUCACAUCAAUAACACACCAUCUCUCCUGGUCUUGCUAAAAGACCAGCUCUGCAGGAACCUUUUCAUGCUCCUGAAGCCAGAAUUCCGCCUGAGCAUCUUCAUGGCUUCACUACGCAUGUGCACACUCUUGUGUGAGUCACUACGGUCUCAUUUGAAGUUCCAGGUGGAGAUGUUUUUAAAUAAACUAAUGGAAAUCAUAACAUCAGAAGCACCAAACGUUUCCUAUGCUCACAAAGAGUUGGGUCUGGAGACAAUCGUCCAGCUUUGGCGUAUUCCAGGAUUCAUCACAGAACUGUUCCUCAAUUAUGACUGCGACUUGUACACUUCCAAUCUUUUUGAGGAUCUCACAAAAAUGCUCUCUAAAAAUGCAUUCCCAGUGCAGGGUUUAUAUUCUACCAAUCUGUUGUCCUUAGAGGCAUUAUUUACUGUUAUAGAGACCAUAGAGAGUCACAGUGUGAGCAAAGACAAGCAAGUGCUGGAGAAACAAGACACCCUCAAAGCACCUUUGGUAAUUACUCCAGUAUCGUCAGGCUACCUCCUGGGGUUGGGAUUACUUGGGGGCUUCUCGCCGGUGACGCCCCAACUGAGACCGAGAUGUGUUCUCUCUGGUAGUAACAGCAUCUCGCGGGAACAGCUUCUGGCUCUUAAAGAGAAGAAGAAGCUCUUAGCAGCUGGCACAGACCAAUUCAAUGCAAAACCUGAAAAGGGCAUAAAAUUCCUACAGGAUAAUGGGAUUGUUCCCAGCUCAGUAGAGGAUAUAGCAGUAUUCCUUAGAGAAAAUCCAAGGCUUAGUAAGAAGGUCAUUGGUGACUAUGUUAGCAAGAAGAAGAAUGUUGACAUACUCUCUGCAUUUGUGAAAUCCUUUGAAUUCAGAAACUUACGAGUAGAUGAAGCUUUGCGAAUGUUCCUCGAAAGCUUCAGGCUGCCAGGAGAAGCUCCAUUAAUUGCUAUUAUCAUUGAGCAUUUUUCAUCUCACUGGCACAUUAGUAACAAUGAACCAUUUGCAAAAGAGGAUGCUGCCUUCACUCUUGCAUAUGCUGUCAUCAUGCUCAAUGUGGACCAGCACAACCAGAAUGCUAAGAAGCAGAACAUACCCAUGACUCUCGACCAGUUUAGAAAUAAUCUGCGAGGUGUUGAUGAUGGAUCAGAUUUCGAUCAAGAUAUGCUUGAGGAAAUUUAUAAUGCAAUUAGGGUAGAUGAGAUAGUGAUGCCCGAAGAGCAGACUGGCCUUGUGAGAGAGAAUUAUUUGUGGAAAAUGUUGUUAAGGAGAGGGCACACAAAAGAGGGCCAGUACUACCUAGGAAAUGAAGACAUUUCCUUUGAUCGAGACUUGUUCGCACUGUGUUGGGGUCCAACAAUUGCUUCACUCUCUUAUGUAUUUGAUAAAUCAAUGGAUGAUGCUAUCAUCCAGAGGGCAGUGUCAGGCUUCAGGAAAUGUGCCUCGAUAUCUGCACGAUUUGGAAUGAGUGAUGUGUUUGAUAAUUUAGUUGUAUCUCUUUGUAAAUUUACAACUCUUGCAGCUUCUACUGCAUCUGCGGAAGCACCAGAGCAUGUCACUGUGGCCUUCGGGGCUAAUAAAAAGGCACAACUUGCAGCAAAGACUGUAUUCAGAUUAGUAACCUCACACGGAGACAUUCUUCGAGAUGGUUGGAAAAAUAUACUAGACCUUCUGUUGCAAUUGUUCAGGUGCCGCCUGCUGCCAUCCUCUCUGGUGGAAAGUGAAGAUUUUGUGGAGAGCAGUGGACACGUCAGCCUUUUGAGAGAAACCCCAGUAACUGUACCGAGAGUUGAGUCUGGCCUCUUCUCUUCAAUCUACUCGUACAUAGCGCUUGGCGAUGCUGGAGCUGCCCGUGGGACUAACCCUGAAGACGUGGAACUAUCACAGAGAGCAAGGAACUGCAUUGCCGAAUGCCAUCCAGAGAGACUCAUCACUGAGUCUGCCUUCCUUCGCUGUGACUCCCUGAAUGAGCUUCUGAAGGCCAUGAUGGGUGCAGGAGAUGCAAGCACCCUUGGGGAUGCAGGAGUGACCCCAGGAGGUGGCAUGCUUGAGGGAGGAUCCCCAGGAGGGUUGGACGAGCACUCCCAGGCAUUCCUGUUGGAGCUGGUGGUGCAGGUCCUUGUGGCCAAUAAGGACCGGGCUGUGGGAGUGUGGCCAGGUGUUCGCAACCACAUCUACUCACUCUUGAUGGGUGCAGCUGCUGCUGACCGGCAAUUCCUGCUUGAACGCUGUGUUGUGGCCAUGCUCAGGCUAGCCAAGGUCCUAUUACGAAGACCUAACUUGGCCAACCCCAUUCUGCAGUCUCUGCGGAUGUUGCUUCUGCUGCGACCAAAUGUCCUGCUGAGAGUGUCCCUGCAAGUUGUUUGUGGUCUGCGCGAGGUACUGAGUGUGAACACCGAUAACAUCCAUGAUUCCAAUGACUGGACUGUGUUGUUCAAUUUGCUGGAAUGUGCUGGUGCUGGAGCAAAGCCGCCUCCAAUGGUCAAUUCAGAUCCCGGUGACGUAGUUAGUGAUACAGGAUCCAUGUCGGAAAGUGAUGUGGGCAGCUCAUCGGGAGUUGACUCAGGCCAUUACACGGAAGGGGAGUCUGGUGAUGUGGCCCCUGGCUCGCCUGUGGCUGAACACCCAGAGGGAGUGAAGCCCAGCCAGCGAUCUCGGGCAGCCAGUCCCGACCCCCUUCACAACACAGGAGGCUGGAUACUGGUGGGGCGUGAAGGAGAGAUUGAGCCAGUGGCAGUUCGGGCAGUGGCAGUGAAUGAGUGGGACAUUGUGCACCAGAGGGAGCUGGGUGAACACCGCCCGGAAGCCCUUGUUCAAGCAGUUGACACAGUGGCCUUCUUGGUACGAGACCGACGCAUAACACAUGCCAGCUUACCGUCAGCUGUCCAGGCUUGUAGGACCUUUGUGGAGGCUACUCUCAAUGGAGGAAAGAUUGAAAAGAGAGCCACCAACAAGGAGGGCGUUCGUUCUCCAUCUCGCCGCAAGACUCCCGGCCGCCGCAAGGACGAGAAGGGAAGCGCUCGCAGGCCCAAAUCGCCAACGUCUGGGUCCAGUGCCUACGAUGCGGAUGAAUCUGAUUCCGAUGAUGUGCCCGUCACAUACCAGCAAGUUUCGGAAAAGCUGCUGGACCUGAUGGAUACCCUGCACACGGCAUCCAGCCAGAUCGUGGAGUUGGGAGAGCAGCCCAAGCUUCAAGGGUCGCCUGUCGCUCUCUGGGCUCAGGCACUCUGUCCUCUUCUGCAGGGGAUUGCAAGAUACUGCUGUGAUUCACGGACAAUGAUCCGCAACAUGGCCAUGACGUACCUCCACCGCGCACUCCUCAACCACGACCUGCAGGCCCUGAGUGCCUUGGAGUGGGAGUCCUGCUUCAACAAGGUCCUCUUCCCUCUCCUGGCCAAGCUGUUGCAGCCGCUGCCUGGCUCCAGCCCUGCCUCACUGGAGGAGACCAGAGUCAGGGCAGCCACACUUGUACAGAAAGUCUAUCUACGGCAUCUGACACCGCUCCUGACACUGUCGACCUUCACUGCCCUGUGGCUCACCAUCCUAGACUUCAUGGACAAAUACCUCAACACGCAGCAUUCUGACCACCUGCAUAGAGAACCUCCCACCUGA